GAACUGUCUCUUUCUCUACCUCACCUGUCCCGUGCAGCAGGCUCAUCAAAGUCCCUGCCUUCUCUCUCUCUCUCUCUCUCGCAGGAGUUACAGCUUCUCAAGCUCAAAGGAAGCGGAAGGAAAUGGGGACGGAGUCCGGUGAAGACGGCGUCACCCGCGUCCUCUUCUGCGGGCCCUACUUCCCGGCCUCUCACAAUUACACCAGAGACUACUUGAACCAAUACCCAUUCAUCCAGGUCGAUGACGUGGCCCUUGACGAUGUGCCUCAUGUUAUAGAAAACUACCAUAUUUGUGUGGUAAAAAACAAGCGCCUUGACUCGGACACUAUAGCUCGAGCGAAACAAAUGAAGCUUAUAAUGCAAUUUGGUGUCGGUCUGGAAGGUGUUGACAUUGAUGCUGCCACCAAAAAUGGAAUUAAAGUUGCCAGAAUACCAGGUGACAUCACGGGAAAUGCAGCAUCAUGUGCAGAGAUGGUGAUUUAUCUGAUGCUGGGUUUACUCCGAAAGCAGAAUGAGAUGCAAGUUUCUGUAAAUCAGAGAAAACUUGGGGAGCCAAUUGGUGAAACUCUAUUUGGAAAAACCGUAUUGAUUGUGGGGUUUGGAAAUAUUGGAGUUGACUUGGCUAAGCGCUUAAGACCUUUUGGGGUAAAAAUUAUUGCCACAAGAAGGAGCUGGUGUUUAAAUUCACAAGCGCCUCUCCAAUCGAAUGCAGGCCUUGAUCAAAAUGGCAUGAGUGGCGAUCUGGUUGAUGUGAAGGGAAGUCAUAACGACAUCUGUAACUUUGCUGGCGAGGCAGACAUAGUUGUCUGUUGCUUGUCUUUAAACAAAGAUACAGUUGGCAUCAUCAAUGACUCAUUCAUAUCUUCAAUGAGAAAGGGAGCCCUUCUAAUAAAUAUUGCUCGAGGGGGUCUCUUGGAUUAUGAGGCUGUUGCUCAUCACCUGGAGUCUGGUCACUUGGGAGGGUUGGGCACCGAUGUGGCUUGGACAGAGCCAUUUGAUCCUAAUGAUAAAAUCUUCAAGUACAAAAACGUUCUUUUAACUCCUCAUGUUGCAGGGGUCACGGAACAUUCUUAUAGAUCCAUGGCUAAGGUAGUUGGUGAUGUAGUUCUUCAACUUCAUGCUGGGACAUCUGUGACAGGGAUAGAGUUUGUCAAUUGACUCAACAUGAGAAGCCAAUUCAGGAGGAGCAUAUCUUUGGAUGUGUUACCAAAUCACAUGCUCAUAUGGUGGUUCCCAUUUCACAUGUCAAUCUUUCUGGUGAAUUUAGUCAUUAGUGCAACUUAUUUUGGGCUAGGAAAUGCACCGAGCCGCAUAUGAGCGGCGUAUGCAUCCUUGGUCCCAACACCCGAACCCGGCCUGGAGGUGACAGUGCGGCGAUCAAUGUCAGUGGAAAUCCUUUACAAAGCAGGGGGUGUCAUAAAACAUGUGCUCUUUUCUUAGUUGGAGAUAAUUCUCGGACAAGUAUUUGUUUAGUCAAUCCUUUAUGAAAUUUCUGUUUGGUUUAGUCUUUACAUGA